GAUACGGUAUAUUGUAUCUUUUUAUUAUGAAUAAUUUGUGGUUUAAACCCUAGAACCCUUGCUUGACAAGCGAACCCUGCUUUGCGCACCGAGCUUGUCGUGUUGGCUAUGACGACAGAUGCUCAUCUUGCUCAAGGAACUACACUGGACUAAAAACUGUACUUUGCGUGAGUACAAACUGCGGUCUACCUGUGUCUGUCUGUCCCUUAGUCCACUCAGCCAUCUUUCUUGUUUAGAGAAAGGCCAAUCACGGCGCCAUUUUUAUGCUCCCGCUUAACGCCAAGUUACUCAGAAUCCAUUUCCAUCUGCUAAUUCAAGCAAGUAACCAAGCUAUUUUCAAUUAAAUAUCGUCAAUAACGAAUCAGACUUCAAUUGUAAAUUGUUAUUUUGAAGUUUCCUUGCGAUUAAACCGUUGUAUAAACAAUGGACAAGGAAUGGUUGAUCAUCGACAAAACUUUUUGAAAUCACUGAGAAGUUUUUCGAUUUAUCAGUGUAUUUCCAAAACGUCGGAAAAUUAUUCAUUCUCAAUUUAACUGCGCAAUUGUUAGCGCAAUUCUAUGAUUUAAUGAUUAAUGUUCGUACUGUACUUUUUAGGAGGGGGUGGGGUUGAAAAUGAUGUGUUUGGAAGGAUCUCUAUUUAAAUCCAAAUAUAUAUUGUUAGUAAAUAGAAGCCGCGUUUCCACUUAGACGCGAAGGAUAUUCUCAAGCUUCUUAUUUCAAGAAGGUUAUUUUUUUAAAAUAUUCAUCAAGAGAGGAGAAAAAGGCAGCCUAUGGGGCUGCAAUGACUAAGAGAAGUGUUCAUUAUCCACCACAGAUAAGAAUAUGAACGUCGAUUUUUUUUCCCGUGGAUUCUCAGACGACAUAUCUUCUGGAGACCUUUCCAGGCUUGUGGUGGAUGGAAUUGACUAUAGUCUUGGUAUGAGAGGACAUAACAUCGCUGCCUUUACAAUGAGUGGAUCUCCAAUAAACCAAGCCGCAUUUGAUACUCACGGCAUACAGAGUUCUGGUACCGAACUCACAGCAUUCAUCGACGACCUCCCCUCUAAUACACUUGUACUGGUAGCAGUUUACGAUAACGGGCACAACUAUUACCAUUCCGCUGUUGAUGCCUUGAUUACUCUAGGGGCUGUGACGCCAUAUGGACCUGUCAAUCAUAGGGGCUCGUUGUUCCUGAUUGGCUACAAGGAUCAUCCACGGCCUUCCUGGGUCACACAGGGGUAUGCACAAAUUGGGGAAGGUCCGUCAAAAGGGGCGGCCAGGUUCCUAAGGAAGGGCUGCUUCCCACAUGGAAGCCAAGCAGAGAAAUGGUGCAACCCGUGAUAUCGGUCCCGGAUGUCAAUACCAAAAAUAGGAUAAAUGAAUAAAGGCACAGAAUAUAUUACUUGCUAAUUUUUUCCCCAAUUUUUUUAAGUACACCUUCUGCACUGUGAUCCAUUUCUGAGGAAAUCAGAAAAAGCAUGUUGUCACUUUGGCAGCUGUGCGUAUCGUAGCCUAAAACAGGCGCGUACACAGAGGGUGCGCACAGUACCCCAAAAGACUUACUGAUGCUCUAGGGUUCUCUCCUGUGGAAAAGCUAUACCUUCAAAGAAAUCUACAAGCUUAACUGUUGUCGGAGGUAGGCUCGCACACAGGCAGCUCGCCUCAACUGUUUGAAUAAAAGUUUAAAUUCUUUA